AUGCUCCGCGCUUCAGCAAGCUCGAUUCAGUUCACUUCUAUUUACGAAGGUAUCGCAGCUAAAACGUCAUCUGCCGCCUCUCCUUAUGCGUUUCUUCUUGAAAUUGAUGGCACAAAGAUUCUUCUUGACUGCGGAUGGGAUGAUAGCUUCAGCCCAAUCUACCUUGAAACACUUCGCCCAUACCUAAGUGGUAUUGACGCGGUGCUGCUCUCGUCGCCGGAUAUUGCGUCUUGCGGAGCUCUGCCCUAUGUUAUGGAGCACCUCCCCCCUGGUGUCUUUGUCUCGGCCUCGAACUCUACUGCGAAGAUUGGGUUACAUAGCAUUCUCCAUACUUUUUUGUAUCAGUUUCCGAAUGCACACACAUUCUCGGUGAACGGAGGAGUUGAGGAAAGUUUUGUGAUGUCUGUCGAUAGUAUCUAUAGCGCCUUUCGGAGCACACGGGAACCUUAUGGCGGUAAGGUGUCUGUUGGAAAGAAAAACGCGCUUGUUAAUUGUCAUGCGGUCUUCGCUGGCCGCAUGCUGGGAGGUUACAGUUGGAUCAUUCGAUACCAAAUCGAUGAAAUCUUUUACUGCCCAGAUUUUUCCUUAAAGCCAUCUUACGUGCUAAAGCGUUUUAACGUCCCAACGACCUCCAAUAUCGUCUGCAUUGGAAGCUACCCGAUGCACACAGGCGUCUCUUCUGGCAUCAAGUACGAAGAGCAACUAAAGGGUCUCUUUCGUGAUAUUCAGCACACCCUUCGAAGUGGUGGUACUGUUCUGAUUCCUUGUUCUGUUGCAGGACGCGGCCUCGAAAUUGUCAGUAUUAUAUCUAAGCUACUUCUAGAGAGGGGCGGUGAUCGGUACAAAGUCAUCCUCGCUGCGCUUCAGUCUCAGGAGAUCAUGGACAAGGCAACCACUAUGACCGAGGUGUUGCAGGAAAACAUCGUUCUCGGUGACCAGGCACUCUUUUCCAGCGUUAUUGCGUGUAGUACUGCCAACGAUGUGAUCGGCAUUGCGGGGCCCAAGGUUUGUGUCGCCGACGGACCAACGCUGGACUACGGGAUUUCAGCAGAGCUUCUGGCCCAUCUGUUUGUUGCCGAUUCACAGGGCAGUGAGAAUCUCGUCGUUUUCACGGAGCCCCCGCGGCCUGGAACAAAUGCGCAUGCCGUUGCACAGUGUCCUAAAGAUAAGGAACUGACCUUUUCAUUUAUUAAGCGUACUCGGUUAGAUAAAGAAGAGCUGGAAGAGUACUACGUCCAGCAGGAGCGUGAAUUAAUGGAGAGGCGAACUCAGCUCGAGGCGGAGGGGAAUUUCAAGGUCAAUGAGUACCCAGAAAAAGAGGGCGAUGAUGAUGACCUCAGCGAUGACGACACGGAUUCCACACAGGAUACGGCAUUAGCCAGGGACAAGGUCGAGCAGGGUGAGAAAACGUCCACUAGCAGUAUCCUAGGACUGGUGUUACCAUCUUAUAUCAAUUUUUCCUCAAAACAUCUCAAUUUCCCGGCGCUUGAAAUGACUAAUACACUAAGUGCUGCCCUCAUGCGUGGCGAGAAUGUUGCCUACGGCCUUCCUGUGAGCGAUGAGGAGCAGAUGGUUCUUCAAAAAAGGGCCCCCGCAAGAAUUUCUAGUGACAAGGGACCAGAAGAGCUGCACAUGCGAAACGAUGCACAGAGAGAGGCUAACAUACCUUCAAAGGUCUUUCAAGUCAGCCAAACAUGCCGGCGCACCUGCAAGAUGCUCUAUUCUGACCUUUCCGGAUUGCCAGAUCAGUCUGUUAUGAGAAGUCUCUUUGUAUCUAAGUUCAACUUUGCCAAAAAAGUAGUUACGAUACGUGGAACACAUGAUGACUGGCAGCAGCUUUCUCAGUUCUGCCGAAAUGAGAAGAGUUUAAAGUGUGGGGAUAGCGUCUUCAUUCCACAGUCGGGUGAUGUUGCUCUUGAAUUAGCUACUCAAGUGCUUUCUUACUCCAUUCUGCUGGACUCAAAAGUGACCCAACAGUUGCCGAACAUUUUGUGUCCCGUCCAGGAGACCAAUUCCAAGGGCGUGUGGGAAGUUGGCUGGAUCGACGGUCUCCUGCAAAGCGCCUCGAACAUAUCCUUGGCAGCUGAUUCAGACGAACCAGAAGCUCAGCGGGUGCGUCUGGAAGGAAAUACAACGCUGGUGCUGACGGAGGUACCCCCUUCCAGAAUUCAGGAAAGUGCUGAAAUGCGUGAAGCACAGGGUUUAGCGAGUGGGUCGUUUUUUGUUGGUAAUAUCAACCUCUCUCAGUUGCGUGAGACGGCGCGGCGCAAUGUGGGUUUAAUGAGUGAUUUUCACCGCAAGGCACCCAUGUUAGUCUUUGAUGAAGGUGUGUGUGUUCGGAAAGAUGCAGGCGGCACCCUUACACUCUCCUCCAUUGCAACGCCAGAGAUGUUUAAGGUGCGGAAAACAGUUUAUAAUCAGUUCUCUCAGAUCAUGUAG